AAGAAUUAAAAGAUAUGAAAUACAUCCUGACUGAGGAGCAUGUUCCAAUUCCUGAAAAGAUUGAGAUCACUUAGAAAUCCAAGGUGGUCAAAGUUAAGGGACCCAGAGGGGAAUUGACCAAAAAUUUCAGACAUUCUGCUUUGGACAUCCAAGUUUCAAAGAAAGUGAAUAAGAAGAACAAUGUUGCCAAAUCCAGAGUCAGUGUUAGGAUGUGGCAAUCAUACAGAAAAUAAAGAUGCCAAGUUAAUUCAGUUGCCUCUCAAAUUAGAAACAUGAUUAGAGGUGUUACCACAGGUUAUAAAUUCAAGAUGGUAUUGGCAUAUGCUCACUUUCCAAUCAUUAUCAACCUCAUUGGUAAUGGACAAGGCGUUGAAAUCAAGAAUUUCCUCGGAGAAAAGAUCAUCAGAACUAUCAAAUGCCUUCCAGGAGUGACCAUCACCAGAAAUGAAGCUGAAGAGAAGAAUGUCUUGACACUCUAAGGAAACGAUUUCGAAUAACGUUUCACUCACCUGUGCACUUAUUCAUUAAGCUUGUGCUGUCAAGAACAAGGAUAUUAGACAAUUCUUGGAUGGAAUCUAUGUUAGUGAAAAGCGUUUAGAAAUUUGAUAAAAUAAUAUAUAUAGAAAUAAGUACAAUAAGAUUUAUUAAUUAUUAAUA